UUUGAAUUUUGAAUUUUUGAUACAAGUAACAAAGGCUUUAACCUCAAAAUUGAAAAUAAAAUAAAAUAAUUAUUUAUUAAUCUAAUUACUUUAAAAUGAGGGAAGUAUUUUUAUCAAAUUGCGAAAAAAAUUUUGUGCAAAAAACAAUAGCGGAAGGCUACAGAUUAGAUGGCAGAAAUUAUAAUGAGUGUCGAAAGCUAAAUAUUGCUUUUGGAUCUGAAUACGGGAGCUGUAUUGUUUCAAUCGGGGAGACAAAGGUAUUAUCACAAGUGUCAUGUGAGGUUGUCCAGCCUAAGCAAAUAAGGCCCAAUGAGGGGUUACUGAACAUCAAUGUUGAGAUUAGCCCCAUGGCUGCACCACAGUUUGAGGCCAACCGUCAAACUGACCUCACAGUAUACCUCAAUAGAUUGCUGGAGAAAUGCUAUAAGGAUUCAAAGUGUAUUGAUCUUGAGUCACUUUGUAUUGUUGUUGAGGAAAAGGUGUGGUCACUAAGAGUUGACUUGAAAAUUUUGAACCACGAUGGCAAUCUAAUAGAAUGUUCAAGUAUAGCCACCUUAGCAUCCAUUGCACAUUUCAAAAGACCUGACGUCACCCGCAGUGGUGAGAGCAUCGUCAUCCACACAUUAGCUGAUAUGGACCCCAUACCCACAGUUCUAUAUCACUAUCCAGUGUGUGUGAAUUUUGCUAUAUUCAAAAACAAUAUACUGAUAUCAGACCCAAGUUACAUAGAGGAAACUGUGUGUACAAGCACAUCGGAAGACGGAACCAACACUGGGGGGUUGCUUGUGGUGGGGAUGAACCAGUACAAGGAGAUGUGUCUACUAGACCUCACCGGAGCUGCUAUAUACAACUCCAACAUUGUACACAGAGCCAUACAGAGUGCUGCUGAAAGAUGUAAAAUGGUGGUUGAUUUGGUCAAAAAGGAUAUCAUGACAGAUGAUAAUUUGAGACAAAAAAGGACCAAAAUAAACUUCGCUGACAUCAUAACUACAGACCACGCACAAUCGCUGUGUGCAAAGGAUCUUUGCAUACGUCUCAAGAACUUUACCAUUAAUGACAUAGAGAUGGAAGAGGAAACAGAUGUAUCAAAGAGUAUAGAUACUGAUGACAAUACCGCGCUGAGUAAAUAUGAUGUAGUACCUUCCUUGCCUCAGACAGUGGAAUUAAAAGCAAAGAAGGGCGCAUCAACAUGGAUAGAUAUAUCGUCAGAAUCUGAUGAAGACUAGCAUACUUAUAGAAAAUCAUUUUUACAGACCAGACUCUGAUGUCUGAAUGUUAAGACUAACAAACAUUUGUGGGAUAACAAUAUUCAUCUGCAUUAUUUGCUGCUAAAGAAUGUAAUAAAUAUUGGAAUUUUUUAGA